AUAUUCAUUGUUUGCUUGAAACUCGAAGAAUUAAAAAAAAAAAAAAAAAAAAAACAAUUCUAAUUUUUUAACAGAAGCAGUCAAUGUCUGAAAUGUGUUCAUGUAAGGGGAAAACGGUUAGUGGAUAAAACACGGAGAUGCACAUUUGAUAUACACAAUACAAGUACAUGUGAGGGACAACCUAGCAGUGUUUGCUGCGUACCAUACGUAUUUUCUUUUUUUUUUUCUCAAAUAAAAUAAUAAUCUGGAUUUAAUUAUAUUUUCGCUCCGCUCAUCUCUACUAAUUACAGUAUUGUUAUUGACCAAAAACAAUUCACAGAGCUAUCUGUAAAUAUGUGAUGACGUCACCAGCUGCCGCAGUGAGAUUUUUUUUACGCCAUCUUGAAAAAAAAUCUUUCCAGAAGAACAGUGAGUCUAAACUCAGUGGCAGUUGUCCAUCAUUCCAUUUUUAUAUCACUGUUUACCAGUUGGGGGUUUAAAAAGGAUUAAUAUUACAAACUUGAAAAAAUGGCUAACCGAAAUCUAAAGCAGGUCAAAAUCCAGAACAGCUCAUCGCCACCAGGAAUUAAAAACCUGAAGCGCGAGUCCGAUUCGCCGGAGAAGCAGGAGCCGAAGAUGUCUGCGGCGUCUGGGGGAGAACCAGGCGCCGGCGAACCCGUCGAGUUAGGACUAACUCUGGACCUAAAAAACUUCAAGAGGCCUGGCGAGAAGACAUUUACUCAGCGCUGCCGACUCUAUGUCGGUAACCUACCAACUGACUUAACUGAGGACGAUUUCAGGAAAUUGUUUGCAAAAUACGGUGAAGCAAACGAGGUGUUUAUCAAUCGUGACCGUGGCUUUGGCUUCAUUCGGCUGGAAACAAGGACUUUGGCUGAAAUUGCAAAAGCAGCACUAGAUGGAACUAUAGUAAAAAACAGACCGCUCCGUAUUCGAUUCGCUACCCAUGGUGCUGCUUUGACUGUCCGGAAUCUGUCACCUGUCGUUUCCAAUGAGCUGCUUGAACAGGCCUUUUCUCAGUUUGGUCCUGUGGAGAGAGCAAUUGUCGUGGUAGAUGACCGUGGCAGGCCAACUGGGAAAGGGUUUGUAGAAUUUGCAUCUAAGCCUGCAGCUCGAAAAGCCAUGGAUAGAUGUGCAGAAGGAGCAUACUUACUAACAACAUCGCCCCGUCCUGCUAUUGUUGAGCCAAUGGAGCAGUUUGACGAUGAAGAUGGACUUCCAGAAAAAUUAAUUCAGAAAACACCACAAUAUCAUAAGGAAAGAGAGCAGCCCCCACGUUUUGCUCAGCCUGGUACAUUUGAGUUUGAAUAUUCAUCUCGAUGGAAGGCCCUUGAUGAUAUGGAAAAGCAACAGCGUGAUCAGGUUGACAAAAAUAUCCGAGAAGCAAAAGAGAAACUUGAAGCUGAAAUGGAAGCCGCUCGUCAUGAACAUCAGCUCAUGCUAAUGAGACAAGAUCUUAUGAGGCGUCAGGAAGAGCUAAGGCGUUUGGAAGAACUGCGAAACCAGGAACUUCAGAAGCGCAAGCAAAUUGAAAUGAGACAUGAGGAAGAACGAAGACGACGUGAAGAAGAAAUGAUGCGGCAGAGAGAGCAAGAGGAAAUGAGACGGCAACAAGAUGGCUUCAAGUCCAAUUUUAUGGAUAACAGAGAACAGGAAAUGAGAAUGGGUGAUAUGGGUCCCCGAGGAGCAAUUAAUAUGGGAGAUACGUAUAGCCCAGUAGCUGCUGGUAACCAAGGCCCUCCUCAAAUGAUGGGUAUGAAUAUGAACAACAGAGGAGCAAUGUCUGCCACUGCUAUGGGACCUGGUCCUGCCAUGGGGCCAGAAGGAGCAACAAACAUGGGAGCACCAAUGAUGCCAGAUAACGGAACAAUGCACAAUGAUAGAUUCCCGCAAACUGGUCCACCACAAAUGGGCUCCCCUUUGGUUGGCAGGCCUGGUGUUGAAGCUCCACAAACACCAAUGGCUAGUGCAGGGGCUGUGGGUGGUGGACCUGGUGGUUUUGGGAGAGGAAACCAAGGGGGGAACUUUGAUGGACCUAAUAAACGUCGUAGAUACUGAGUAUUUUCAAUCUGGAUAUUGAGUAUUCCUUUUUAGAUGAAAAAGUGCAGAUACCCUUUCUUACAUUUUACCUGCUGUUUCCUUUAUUUGUUUCAUUAAUAUGUACAACUAGAUUAAACUUUUGUUGUGACCAUAAUUUGCAGCUUAUUCUCUUAAACGCUUUGUAGUGUAUGUAGCCGCAUUAUCAGCAAGUGUUGAAGCAAAUGUAAUUUUUGCUGUAACUUUUGUGCGCUCUUGAAUCUGAAAUAAUAAAAAAAAACACAGAAGACUGGUACAUGCUUCUAUCUAUCUGUCUGUCUGUCAA